CUGUUGCCAGUCAACAUCAGCCUAUGGUAGCAACAGCAGCAGUAGCAAUGCAACAACACCAACAACAACAGCAUUACUCGAGUUAUGUAGCAGGCAAUAAUGCGGCUCAUAGCAGUUCAGCCGAAAGCAAUUACGCAGCUCUAAGCAAUAGCAGUAGCAGUUUGGUAGGUGGCAGCGAGUGCAGCGUUGACGUCGAAAAUAAUUACACGAAUACUAAUAUAACAGCAACAGCUCCUAAUCGGGCCAAUGUGACGGCAGGGGGCUUCGCAAAUUCUUAUUCCAUGAAUAUGAGUUCAUUGAAUGCUGCCAGUUUCUUUGCAAACGAUUAUCAUCAUCACCAUCAUCAUCAUCAUCACUCGCUAACCCCGAGUGCCUUUAUGGCGAAUACGAAUUACGCAGCCGCUACAAAUGCGAACGCUUCGGCGGCCAGUUCUACUGCUAUGUUAACCAACUAUUGCGAUGCGGCGAUGAUGAUGGCAGCAGCCGCUGUCAAUGCUAAUCAAUGCCUGCAACAACAACAGCAACGUUUUGCUCUCAUCAAUGAAAAUGAUUUGCAGCGGGAGGCCGAUGCAACACAAGAUGAAACUAGAGCCGUUAAUUCUUUGGUGGCGACUGCUUUGUCGUCGUCAGCUUCGUCGUGCUCGUCCGUUACAACAUCAGCGUCCUCCGCAACGUCUUCGAUUUCGACUGCUCCCUUAACUGCAGCCGCAGUUACCGCUACUGACGCUGCCGAUGACUUGAUUUUGAAAAAGCAACAACAACAGCUGCGUUUAGCAAAACAAGCAGAAACACCGCCAAAUUUAAUCGAUAUUAGCGAAGUUCCUCUUAUAGUGGAUGUCAAGUAGUACGAUAAUAAUAUAUAAAAAUAAAAAAAAUUUAAAAAAACAAAAAAAUGAAUAGAAAAAAGUUAAAUAUAUAUAUAUGU